UGACGGCCCGGCCGCCGCCCGCGCACGGGAAACAGUGGCAUUGUGAAAAGCGGCGCGCGCACGCGUGUUUUUCGCGGCGAUACGAUCGCGCUCGCGACAAAUUCGCGUUUCGAAAUGCAGUGAACGUGUUGUUGUUACGAUGGAAGCGUUGACCUCGGAGAUCUUUUGCACAGUGAAAUGAAUGGGAAUGCAGUGAUGGAAUGUUUGACAAGUGUUGGUGCUUUGAAAACAGUGAAAAUGUUAGUGUUGUCCAAUAUGUUCCGGGGGCAAAGCCAAAUCGGUCCCAAAGUCACUGAACCGGAGAAGGUCGAUACCGAUACUCACGUACCGAGAGUGAAGCAGCGGACAAAAACUAUAGACGACGUCACGCACGGUGUAGACAAUAAGUCGGUGCGCCGCGAAAAGUGCCUUUCUAAUAGCGUCGACGCAAUAGUCAUGCGCGAAGACGUCAAAAGCAAAGUGAUAUGUAGUGCCAAAGGUUUAUUAGAAACAAAUUUAGAUGAUUUGUUUUGUGAUGAACAGAGUGACCGCUGGGAUUCAAAGUUUGGUGCUAGCGAGCCGACUUUGAGUUCUGGCGAGGCGGAUUUUAAGGGGUUGAGUAAGAGGGGAUCCCUUGUGUCAGGAGAUGACAGUGAGGUGGAUUCUGCUACGGAUAGUGAUUGCAUGGAUGAAGUGGUUCGCGAGCAAAGGAUAUGCCUCGGUGCUAGGCGCUUCGGGCAUAUGCUGAGGAGGGUAAUUUCUAGAAAUG